AGCUCAAAAGUGGUAGCGCUCGAGCGCAUGCGCACACCUAGGCGUUGUCAACACAGUAGACACCCCUGGGCGGAACCGAAGGGUUAGUUGAUGAGUGGCCACUGGGUGACGGCGGAAUUAAUUGGCACAAAACUCUCCCAAGACAGGCGCAAGGCAAUUGGAGUCCAUCCAGCGGCUGUGAGGGCGAUUUAGCUAUUCUGAAUCCAAUCGCGGGGCGAAAUUCUGGAAGACAGUCUCAGGUUUCAGCCCACUGGGGAAGGGGCAUGAAGAACCGGAUUGUUUUCCAGCUCUACAAAGCAGAGCUUCUAGUCUCUGUUUCAGCUAUGAAGGGAAUGAGGCGAAGAGAAGAUGAGUCACACAGUCCUUCAACUUCGGAGCCAAGACUAGACUCGGCUUUGCCCCACUCCCAAGCCAGGUUCUUUACCCCGUUUUGCUGAUGCGGAUGCAGAGGGGAUGAUGGCCUGUCCUUAGCAAAGACCAACCUUGACCCUGAACCUCCUGCGAUGGGCGGUCGGGACUACCCAUCCCCUCAUUGCCCGCCUACCCGGGAACUCCCGGGACCUGCUCCGGCAGCCUCUGGGAGGGGAGCAGGGCUACCCGCCCGCGUCAUCUGAUGCUGUUUCCUGCAGGAGGGAGAAGAGCGGAAAAAAGUGAAACUCCACCCUCCACCUCUGCCUCCCGCCCCCGGGGCCAAAGUACAAAGGGAGGAGGAAGAAGGGAACGGGGUUGGAGCCGUCGGGCUGAGGGAGCCGGGCUGGGAAGCGGCAGCUCGGCCCAACUAGGGACACUCCAGCCACCCCCUGCGCAAAAAGACCCAACCGGAGUCCAGGCGCUGCCCCUUGCUGGCCCCACCUUACACUUGGCGAGUGCCGGAGCCAGCCUCCCAGGACUGCUCCAGGACUGAGGGACUUUCGGGCCCCUCCAAGCUGGCCAUGGUGAGACGCCGGAGGCCCCGGGGUCCCACCCCCAGAGCCUGACCACACUGCCCUGGGUGGCCCUCUAGAAGCCCGAGAUGCGGGGGGCCGGGAGGCAAUACUCCUGGCUCCCCAGAGAGGUUUGGGUCUGGGGCUGAGGGCCAGGGCCCGGAUGCCCGGGUUCCGGGACUAGGGCCUUGGCAGCCAGCAGGGGUGGGGACCAGGGGCACCCAGGGAAGGUACCCCACUUGCCCCAGUAUCGGGUCCCAGCCAUGGAGCCCUUGAAGAACCUCUUUCUCAAGAGCCCGCUGGGGUCGUGGAACGGCAGCGGCAGUGGGGGCGGUGGGGGUGGCGGCGGAGGAGGCUGGCCAGAGGGGUCCCCGAAGACAGCGGCUUAUGCCAACCCUGUUUGGACAGCCCUGUUUGACUACGAACCCAAUGGGCAGGAUGAACUGGCCCUGAGGAAGGGCGACCGUGUGGAGGUGCUGUCCCGGGAUGCAGCCAUCUCAGGCGAUGAGGGCUGGUGGGCGGGCCAGGUGGGCGGCCAGGUGGGCAUCUUUCCAUCCAACUAUGUGUCUCGGGGCGGUGGCCCGCCCCCCUGCGAGGUGGCCAGUUUCCAAGAGCUGCGGCUGGAGGAGGUGAUCGGCAUCGGUGGCUUCGGCAAGGUCUACCGCGGCAGCUGGCGAGGUGAACUGGUGGCUGUGAAGGCAGCUCGCCAGGACCCCGAUGAGGACAUCAGUGUGACAGCGGAGAGCGUGCGCCAGGAGGCCCGGCUUUUUGCCAUGCUGGCACACCCCAACAUCAUUGCCCUCAAGGCCGUGUGCCUAGAGGAGCCCAACCUGUGCUUGGUGAUGGAGUAUGCGGCCGGUGGGCCCCUCAGCCGUGCCCUGGCUGGGCGACGUGUGCCCCCGCAUGUUCUGGUCAACUGGGCUGUGCAAAUCGCCCGCGGGAUGCACUACCUGCACUGUGAGGCCCUGGUGCCCGUCAUCCACCGAGACCUCAAGUCCAACAACAUUCUGCUGCUGCAGCCCAUUGAAGGUGAUGACAUGGACCACAAGACCCUGAAGAUCACUGACUUCGGACUGGCCCGAGAGUGGCACAAAACCACACAAAUGAGUGCUGCGGGCACCUAUGCCUGGAUGGCCCCUGAGGUUAUCAAGGCCUCCACUUUCUCUAAGGGCAGCGAUGUCUGGAGUUUUGGGGUGCUGCUGUGGGAGUUGCUGACUGGGGAGGUGCCCUACCGUGGUAUCGACUGCCUUGCUGUAGCCUACGGAGUAGCUGUCAACAAGCUCACACUGCCCAUCCCAUCCACCUGCCCUGAGCCCUUCGCACAGCUCAUGGCAGACUGCUGGGCGCAGGACCCCCACCGCAGGCCCGACUUUGCCUCCAUCCUGCAGCAGCUGGAGGCGCUAGAGGCGCAGGUCCUGCGGGAAAUGCCGCGGGACUCCUUCCAUUCCAUGCAGGAAGGCUGGAAGCGUGAGAUCCAAGGCCUUUUCGACGAACUGCGGGCCAAGGAAAAGGAACUUCUGAGCCGCGAGGAGGAGCUGACCCGCGCGGCGCGUGAGCAGCGGUCACAGGCAGAGCAGCUACGGCGGCGCGAGCACCUGCUGGCUCAGUGGGAGCUGGAGGUGUUCGAGCGCGAGCUGACGCUGCUGCUGCAGCAGGUGGACCGGGAGCGGCCGCACGUGCGCCGCCGCCGCGGCACCUUCAAGCGCAGCAAGCUCCGCGCGCGAGACGGCGGCGAGCGCAUCAGCAUGCCCCUCGACUUCAAACACCGCAUCACCGUGCAGGCCUCACCCGGCCUGGACCGGAGAAGAAACGUCUUCGAGGUUGGGGCUGGGGACUCGCCCACCUUCCCCCGGUUCCGGGCCAUCCAGUUGGAGCCUGCUGAACCAGGCCAGGCAUGGGGCCGCCAGUCCCCUAGACGUCUGGAGGACUCCAGCAACGGAGAGCGGCGAGCCUGCUGGGCCUGGGGCCCCAGUUCCCCCAAGCCUGGGGAAGCUCAGAAUGGGAGGAGAAGGUCCCGCUUGGACGAAGCCACGUGGUACCUGGAUUCAGAUGACUCAUCCUCCUUGGGAUCUCCUUCUACACCCCCAAUGCUCAAUGGUAACCCCCCGCGGCCGAGCCCGGAGCCCGAGGAGCCUCGGCGCCCAGGCCCCGCGGAGCGCGGUAGCGGCUCCGGGACGCCCAAGCUGAUCCAGCGCGCGCUGCUGCGCGGCACAGCCCUGCUCGCCUCCCUGGGCCUGGGCCGCGACCUGCAGCCGCCGUCGCCGUCGCCGUCGCCGGGCGGCCCGGGCCGCGAGCGUGGGGAGCCCUCGCCAAUGCCCCGCGCGCCGCUGCCUACACCGUCAGCCGCCGAGCCACCCCCCUCCCAGCUCAUCCGCUUCUCCCCCAAGAGGCCCGACGCCCCCCCCUCCCCGCUGAGCCCGGACGCCCCCGGCCCGCCCACCCCUGCGCCCCUGCUGCUGGAGCUGGGAGUCCCCGUGGGCCAGCUGUCAGCCAAGAGCCCCCGGCGCGAGGAGGAGAGGCGCGGAAGUGCUGUCUCACCGCCGCCAGGGAUAUCACGCUCUGCUCCUGGCACGCCAGGCACCCCACGCUCACCGCCCCUGGGCCUCAUCAGCCGACCUCGACCCUCACCCCUUCGCAGCCGCAUCGACCCGUGGAGCUUCGUGUCAGCCGGGCCACGGCCUUCGCCUUUGUCCUCGCCACAGCCUGCGCCCCGCCGGGCACCCUGGACCUUGUUCCCGGACUCGGACCCCUUCUGGGACUCUCCACCUGCCAACCCCUUCCGGGGGGGCCCUCAGGACUGCAGGGCACAGACCAAAGACAUAGGUGCCCAGGCCCCGUGGGCGCCAGAGGCAGGGCCCUGAGUGGGCUGGGCUGCUCCCCCACGCUCCAGCUGCCCUACAGGAGCCACAGUAUACACUGGAACGGGAGCCGGGCGAGCCUCUGUAGCUGCCUUGGUUUCCCCCAGGGACCCCACCCCCUUUGGGGGUCAGGAACACUACACUGCACAGGAAGCCUUCACACUGGAGGGGGGGAGCCUGCACCCCCCCACACCUGCAACCUGUGGGUCCCCCGACUCACCUGCCCCGUUGGGGCCCAACACUGUACCCAGCUGGUUGGGAGGACCAGAGCCUGUCUCAGGGAAUCGCCCCCAGGGGUGGUGCAGGAAGGAGGGGAAGUACAGGGGAGAGGGGCUGGCCUCGGCUGUCACCAGCACUCUUGACCAAGCCCUGCUACUGUGGCCCCCGCCCCAGGGCUUAGUGCCCGGGUGCCCCCACCCCUGCCCUGGGGGUCCUCUGGGGCCAGGACUCUCUGGGUGCCCUCCUGCUGCCCCGGCCAGGGUUGGGGCCUCGGCCUCAGGAUCCUAUGAAGCCAAAUAAACUCCCCGAGCUGUC